AUGAACAUUAAGGAGGUAAAACAUUAUCGAAAAGAGGAUUGCCCAUCAAAAGUUGGCAGCAGAUCUCAACAGCAUACUCAGUUAAAGCAGACGCAUCAAAGCAUUGAUAGAUCAUCAUCUGAAAAAAGAUAUUGCUUGAAGAAGUCUAAAGAGAGACUUUCUUCCAAAUCUUUGGCUAUAUGGAAAUGCCCUCCCAAGUUCCAUUUGAACGAGAAAUGGCUAGUGGUUGCUGGUGAAGAAAGUAAAGAAACCAGUAAGCAGGAGGAUAGGAAAAGGAGGGUGAUUGAGGCGGUUUUCCCUAAUCGGUCUGCAAUUCCUCCAAAUACAUCAUCUGUCAAGAUAGUUACUUCUCAAAAGCUACCUGAUAAUGGAAAAUCGCUUCCAAAGUCUUUGUCAACCUUUCCAAAUCCCAGAAAACCUCCGAGAAACUCUUUUUUUUCUAAAAAGACCCCUUUUAAUGUGCAAUCUACUCCACUAUAUCAUUCAAGAUAUCAAAAUCUAACGGGAUCUGAGCAAAGCCAAGUUUCUCCUAAACUACCUGUUAGUUACAACUCUGUUCCCCAGUAUAGGCCUACAUUUAAAAAUAUCGGCACUCAGACUGAAACUUUUCCAGACCAACCAGCUAAUGAAAACCAUGAGCCCAAGUAUCGAACAACAUAUGAAAACCAGAAUAUUCCCCAGCUCAAGUCUCAAGUUUCUGGAAUGGCACUUGCUAAGCACAACCCUAUCACCGAAUCUCCAUCCACGCGUGAUUUGACAGUUGACGUAGCCACAGCUGUAGCUGCUCUUGCAAAAAGUCAAGAGCAGGGUAGUCGGAUCGAUACCAACUUAUUGGUUAGGCUUCUCCUCAACCCAGAAGAAAUACCAAAGUUGAUGAAUGAACGUGGCAUGAAUACCAAUGUUGCAACUGCUGCUGCAGUAGCUGUUUCUCUCAAUACUGCCAUGUCUAGGCCAGUGGAUCUACUGGUUCCCUUGACCAGGACAAAACCGGACAAGGUAAUUAACAAGCCCAUUAAUGAAUGCCAAGCUCCCCAUGCAGGAUCUGGACAAAGUUUUGGGCCAAAGCCAAUGGCAAAAUCUGUGCCUUUGAUAAUGACUAAGCCUGAAACAUCUGUGAAAAGUGAUUUGGUUAAUGAACAAGGGACCCCUCCUCAGGUAGAAACUGCAAACAUUAGAGAGAGUAAGUCACUAACCUACUUCUCUUCAGACCUUGAUCUGGAAAAUAUUAAGAAACUGAUUAGCAAAUAUGGAGUACCUGACAAUGCAGGAGGAAAGCCAUUAGUUAAUUUUGAGUUGGUUUCUAGAUAUGGUCCUACCAGCUUGCAGCCUAAUCUGUCUCUUUCACCAAAUGUUGGCCAUACAUCCCCUUCCUCCUCGAUGACUAGUCAUAGCCCUCUUCACAAGGAUAUCAUCAAUUACUACAAGUCCCUGAUCAAGCAACGUGGAGAAAAAAGUGAGCCUAUGGUUGAUGAAAGCUUACAAAAUACGAAUCCUCAUGGUACUACACGGGGGACAGAUUUGUUAAAAAACCAAAAACCAAUUCCGCACAGCUUGACACCCUGUGUUUUCUUUAAUAAACCUAAGGGAUGCCAUAAUGGUUCCUAUUAUCGCUUCUUGCAUGAUAUAUCUGGUAAAAAGAGGUCUGGGGGGAGAUCGAAAGGUCGGGAUUCGAAGAGAAUGAAGUAA